AUGGGCGAGGAGAAGGUGAUCGUCUCGAUAGCGUGCGUCGCGUCCACGAUCGCCGUCGCGGCUACCCUUUUCGUGAUUCCGGCACUGUACAGCGAGAUCAACGAGAUCCACGACCAAGUGCUCGACUCUGUCUCCGUCUUUCGCGUCGAGACCGACUCGGCCUGGACGCAGAUGAUGGACGUCCAAAUCGUCGUCUCCCCGCCGUCAAAGCCCAGGGAGAACCCGUUCAACUCCAUCUUCCGCCAGAAGCGCCAGAACUUUGCCGGACUGCCCGCCUGGUGCCAGUGCGAGCCGAAGAAGCCGCAGUGCCCGCCAGGGCCACCCGGACCUGCCGGAAGCCCCGGACAGCCUGGACAACCCGGAAACCCUGGACCCCCAGGAAACGACAAUCGUCAAACCUACGCCCCGAUCACGUGCCCGCCCCAGGAUACCUCCUGUGUCAAGUGCCCACAGGGCCCGCCUGGACCGUCUGGGCCCUCCGGAAACAUGGGACCGCCCGGCCCAUCCGGAAACCCCGGUGGCAACGGAAACAAUGGACAGCCCGGGCACCCGGGACCUCAGGGCCCACCUGGACCUGCUGGACACCCCGGACAGCCUGGUGGAGAUGGCCACCCAGGAGGGAAUGGCGGCCCCGGCCUUCCCGGCCCCGAUGCCGCCUACUGCCCCUGCCCGCCCCGAAGUGUCGUCUACUUUGCCCGUCGAGCCCGAAUU